CCCAUAUGUCGUCAUUACGCAAGGGGUAGCGACGUGGAAAACAUGGAGGACAGGAGUAUGUAGAGUAAACUUAAUCGUCUCAAAUUCCUCAGGAUUUCAGUUAUUUGCAUUUGUAAAUUAGACUUGGUGAACAAGUUGGACUAAACCCCUGAAUAGCAUAAAAAGACCCCGCCGUUUAACUGUCGUGGGAGCCGAGAGAGCCACGGAAACUGCGAGAAACAUUUAUGACAGGAUUUGUCAUAUGCCUGGUUAAAAAGCAGUGAAGAGUGUUGUGUCUGGCUGAGUGGGGCCAGUAGAGAUGGGUGCCAACACCAGCCAGAUCAGUGACCUUUCUGAUAACCCCAGCUUGAAGACCCUGGUGGGCACGGAGUCCAUAUCGGAGAAUGACCCUUUCUGGAACCAUCUCAUCUCCUUCACCUUCAUCAGCCCCACCUGCAGUGGAGACUCCAAGUUGCUGGAAGAGGCUGUCAUCCCCCUGGCCAAGACCUUCAUUGAAAACAAUCCCAGAACGGGGAACUUUGGCGCUCUUGUGAGAAUUUUCCUGGGAAGAACCAAAGAGCUGAAAAUCUCCACAGAAUGCCAAGAUCAGCUGUUUAUCUGGCAGGCCCACAAUGCACUGUUUAUGAUUCGGUGUCUGCUCAAGGUGUUCAUCAGGGAGAUGAGUGAAGAAGAGCUGCACCUACAGUUCUCCUACCAGGAGAGGGCACCAGGUUCCUGUGAAACAGGCAACCAGGACCUCCUCGAGGAGUUGUUGUCCAACCUCGUUCACCUGAUCGUUGAGGUGCCCCUGCUUGACAUCACCUACAGUGUCCUGUUUGAAGCCGUUACCACGCUGCUCGUGUUCUUCUCCUAUCAGCUCUUCCACAAAGACAUCCUGCGAGAUGGAUUAAUAUACCAGCACAUCAUGAAGGGUCGAUGUUUGUGUUUAACCAGUCGACUGGUGAAGACCCUGCUCUAUAACUUCAUCAGGCAGGAGAAAUGUCCGCCUCCUGCAACCCACAUCUUUGAACCAAAAGACGAGGGAGGCCUGCUGUACGGCCUGGCGUCUGGGGUGGCAAGUGGGCUGUGGAGUGUCUUCACACUGGGUGGAGCUGGCAGCAAAGCUGGGGUAGACCAGGAGCGUAAUCAGUUACCUUUGUCCAAUCAGAGCCUUCUGUUGCUGCUGGUUCUAGCCAAUUUGACAGAUGGGCCUGACUGGCCCAACUCCUACCGACAGGCUAUUACUUGUUUCAGAAACACCCAGGACACGUCGUCGCUCUCCAUGGAGCAACCUCACACUUUCCAGAUCAAUUUCAACAGUCUGUACACGGCACUGUGUGAGCAGCAGCGCUCUGACCAGGCCACUCUACUGCUGUACACCCUCCUUCACCAGAACGCCAACAUGAGGACAUACAUGCUCUCCAGAACUGACAUGGACAAUCUGGUGUUGCCCAUCCUUGAGAUCCUUUACCACGUGGAAGACAGAAAUUCUCAUCAUGUCUACAUGGCCCUCAUUAUUCUGCUCAUCCUCACAGAAGACGACUCCUUCAAUCGCUCCAUCCACGAGGUGGUAUUGAAGAACAUCUCGUGGUACACAGAAAGGUCAUUGACAGAGAUCUCACUUGGCAGUUUGCUCAUCCUAGUGGUCAUUCGCACCAUCCAGUUCAACAUGACUCGGACAAGGGAUAAAUACCUCCACACCAACUGUCUCGCUGCGCUUGCCAACAUGUCAGCCCAGUUUCGUUGUCUCCACCAGUAUGCUGCCCAGCGCAUCAUCAGUUUAUUUGCUUUGCUUUCUAAAAAGCACAACAAGGUUUUGGAGCAGGCGACACAGUCUCUGAGGGGCCGACAGGGAGACAACACAGCCCUGCCCGACUAUGCCCAGGACCUGAACGUGAUUGAGGAGGUGAUCCGCAUGAUGCUGGAAAUCAUCAACUCUUGCUUGUGCAACUCUCUGCACCACAACCCCAACCUGGUGUAUGCGCUGCUGUACAAGAGGGAGCUCUUUGAGCAGUUCAGGACACAUCCAUCCUUCCAGGACAUAAUGCAGAACCUGGACACGGUGAUCGGCUUCUUCAGUCAGCGUCUGGAGCAAGCUGGAAGUGACCUGUCAGUUGAGAGAGUUCAGGAGGUCAUCAUGAAAGGAGCCCAGGCCCUGCCCACAGACAGGCUGAAGAAAUUCCCGGAGCUCAAGUUCAAGUAUGUGGAGGAAGACCAGCCGGAGGAUUUCUUCAUCCCCUACGUCUGGUCGCUGGUCUUCAACUCCGGAGUCGGCCUCCACUGGAGCCCGCAUGGCAUUGAGCUGUUCAGCAUGGACUCCGGCUGAAACACUGCUGCAGCACAGUGUGUGUGUGUUUUCAUCCUCGUUCAGUAUAGGAAAAAAAUAAGACUGAAGCCAUGUUUGUGUCUGUGUUUGGGCGUGUGUGUGCGCAUUGCCCUUUAUACUGUGUGCACGCAGCUUUGAAAGUGCCUCAACCUUGUACAGAAUGGUGUUUCUUUUUCCUUUUUUUCUUGUUAUGCAGCACAACAUCCCUUUUUCCUUGUAUCAUAAUAAUUGCUCUGCUUCUAGACUGUGAAGCUUCAUCUCUAACAGUUCACGCCCUAACACCCACUCAUGUACAGCCGGUACUGUAGGGAACACCUUUUUAACAUUUGAGCUGCUUCCUCUCCUGGUUCCACAGCACAUGACAAGUUACAUCUCUUAUGUAAAGCAUUUUGUUAUUGUGAGGAGCUCAGGACACUGACGAUGGUUAAGCCCUCUGUUUUUUUUGUGUUUCCUUGCUUCAAAAGAAAAGGUCAACUAAAACACAAGCACCUAAGUGUUACACGUGCGCUGGUGACCGUUAAUUUACAGCUACACUGAAUGCUAACAAAUAGUACAGAUUUAAUAUUCAAGCCAAGCCAUGUGUGUGUUGGAAGAUACAACAUACAUUUCAUGAAUAACUUCUAUGGUACUGAGUUUUAAGUAUGAUUAUCUCAAAGAAAUAAGCAUUUUAUUUUUGAGUAACACAGUUCUCUGAAUAUGAUGAGUUUGUAUUUAAAGAUUUGUGCUUGUAAAAUAAACUUCAUUAGCAGGUCAGAGAACCAGAAAGGGCUCUGUUUUAGUGUUUCACAUUCAGCUCCACCAGUGUUGCUUGGUGGCCCACGCUCAAGUACAGUUUAAUUAAUGCUUGAUUUCAGUCCCAGGAUAAUAUUAGCAGUCCACAUCGCUCUGAUUCAUGUGAUUUCAUUGUUGCUCCCAGCCCAUUCAUUUGACUUUACCCUGUCUUUGUCGUUUCCAUUAUAUUCCUGAUGGUAACCCAAGGCAAAUACUUAAACUAGGACAAGUCAUUAAACCUCCUGUCCUAUUGUGCAUAAUUACAGUUGUCUCUUUGAUUUGUCACUUUAUUUGCAUGUUUAACUAGAGACUUUGUAUUAAAUUAUUUAUUUACAUGUAUAUUGUUUUUUUAUAUAUAUAUUCACCCCCUCGAAAUGUAAAUGGUAGUAGUAGUACUGCAAUUACUACUACUAGUGAUAGAAAAAAACGGUGGCACUAUCCUUUGAUUCUUCCUAUGUGGGAAACUGGCUUUAUAUUAUCGAGUAUAAUAUGACAACAGCUGUCAUUUUGUGGCGAUUAUUACUUUGAAAAUAGGAGUUUAAAUAAAAAUAUUCAAUCAAAGCAA